AUGCGCAAGGAGUGGAUCGGCCAGAAUCCGUACGCAGAGAUGAACUUGUCGGCGGAGGUGAAGCACCAGCUCAACGACCUCGUCAAUGAGUUCGUGGAGGGGUAUUUCCAGCAGUACGAGGACUUUGUCGCCUUCGAAAACCGUCGAGUGGACAAGCAGCGCUGGAGACAUCUCAAAUCCAAGGACGACCUGCACGUGUAUGAAGACCGCAAUCGUCUAGAGAGCGACCAGGACAUGGAGCCAUGGAAACCAAGCUCGCAGGGUGGAGCAGCACCGGCGAAGUCAGACAUGCCCGUGCUGCUACGUGUUGGAACGGUUCUCGGCCGUUUGGACGACCUCAUGUUCGGCUGUGUGAACCCGACACUCGAUGUCAUGCGCAUCCGAGCGUCGUACGUCCACGAUGUGCACACUGCUGCGAUCUUGUGCCCCGUUAUCGAGCCCAGCAAAGAGGAGCCGUUCCGUUCGCUCAUCGUCAAGUGGCUCACCUUGGAUAACCCGUUCGAGUCCACGAAUCUUGUCAAGACCCGCGACUUCGUGUACGUCGAGGGUACGGGCAUUUUACACUUCGCGAACGGCGACCGAGUCGGCUACCACCUCAAGCAUUCCAUUGAGUUCCCGGAGACCGCGCCGCGCCAAAAUAUCAUCCGCGCAAAGAUGUCGUACUGCGGCUUUUAUCGCCAGGUGAAGGACAACAUCAUCGACGUGUUUGGCACGAGCACUACGGUUCCUGGCGGAGAUAUCCGUCGGUUUAUAGCAAACCGAGUUGCGACGGACAGUCUGCUGUCGACGAACAAUCUCGUAUUCUGCGGCCAGAUGAAGAAAAUGUCGUGGAUGCUGCAGCAGCCACGCAACGUGGGUCUUCAACAAGAGCGAAACAAAAACUGCGUCGUGUGCAACAAGAAUACUGCUUCGGGGAUCAGGGGGAGGAUCGGCAAGAGUACAUGCAAGCUGUGCUAUGGUUCGGUGUGCUUUUCGUGCAAGAUCCACUGGCGUAUCAGCUUCAUCGCGCCUGGAGGCAAGCUGAUUCGACGAAAGAUUGCAUUCUGUGCGACGUGUAUCACCCGAGCUUCGUUCUGCGACGCGAAGGAAGCUGCUAGAGACCAAGCUACGGGAUAUCGGCCCUACAAAGUCUUCUCCACAGCCUCUCACUCGGACACAGCGGAACUGUCCGAGUUUUUGACUGAUUCUCGUUCUGAUGUAGCGGAUAUGUUAGAUUGGGAGUGCUUAUGA